AUGGCGACAAUUGAACCGCGCUUGAUGCACUUGCUGAACGAUUCGAAUUCGCCCGAGACCUCGAAUUACCCCCCGCCUGAUCUCCCCCCGAUACAGAGCUUCAGCAGCUUUGCCAAGUCCUCGAAUUUCUCGCUGCCGCCUCUGGAGCCAGAUGCGAGUCAACAUGGGAGGAGUGACAAGUCCACGUCCAGAGCACCUCAGCACAUACCUCCGUUGGCCUCCAUCACAGAGGAGUACAAUGGACGCUAUCCUGACGGCGGUGGGCUCCGCCACACUGGCGGAGGCAUAUCUCUGCGCAUGCUCUACGACAACCCGGAUGUCAACGACUCGCAGCUUUCCCUAAGCCAUAUUCUCGACGAGGCACCCGAGUCGUCGCUCUCGACCGAGGAUGCGACCAACAAGAAGCGCCAGAGGGCCGUGACUAUCAAAGACGAUAUCAUGCACCUGCCGCAGCCAUUGAAGAAGCAGAAGUCUGCCCAGAACAUAGUCCCACCGAUCAUCAACGGCUUGUACGAACCCCCACCCAAUGCGGCCGUCUUCCCUCCGAUCGCGCUCGAGGACAAUGAGAACCCCUCGAACAUACACCCACUGAAAGAAUUCACCACCAAUGUGACGCCUAAUGUUGAGCAGGAUGCAAGCGAGAAGGCAGCGCUACCACCGCAGCAGGAUCAGACUGCGACGCCCGAGGCGGAUAAGGGCUCGGCCAAGGUGAAGAGGAAGGCCGCGAAACCGCGACGGAAAUGGUCAGAGGAAGAGACCAGGGACCUACUGCUUGGUGUGAACAAAUACGGAGUCGGAAAAUGGACGAGCAUCUUGGACGAUCCUGUGUACAACUUCAACGGACGGACAGCCGGCGACCUGAAAGAUCGGUUCCGCACGUGCUGCCCCGAUGAGCUGCGCGUCUCGCAUAGCAAGAGCAAGGAGAGCCUAAACCAGGAGGCCUCCGCCAGCGCUCCGCCCGCCGAGCCCAAGCUGAAAAGCAAGACGAAGACGGCGCUGCUGCUGGAGGACAUACUCGCAGAUCCGGAUGAGCCGCAGGUGUCGUCCUGGGAGAAGGAUAUCGACCAAGGUGCAUCGUCGGGCCAAGCACAAUCAGCCCAACAAGACUCGGACUCAACGACGAAGCCGAAGAAGAGCCGAGCACACCGCAAGAAACUGGAGGACCUCCAGAAGAUGGGCAUUCAUGGCCCUUUUAAGAAAUCACACCGUCGUGAGAGACGGCCAUUCACACAGCAAGACGACGACCAGAUUCUCGAGGGACUUCAGCUCUACGGUCCGGCCUGGACGAAGAUCCAGCGCGACCCGAGGUUCGACCUGUCCAGCAGACAGCCCACCGACCUGAGGGAUCGGGUGCGCAACAAGUACCCUGACACGUACAAGCAGAUUGAGGAGCGGCAGAUCCAAGCCAAAGAAAGUGCACCAACGCCCUCGAGGGCGAGGAGUAAUAUUAUGGAGCCUUCCGUGAACACGAUGGUCAAUGAGAACUCGUUGAUGACCCUGGAGCCACAUCUGAACAGAUCUGGGUCUAGGGAGGAUACGAUGGCGCACAAGUGGUCUGGGACGGCCACGUUGCCCCUGCACAGCUCGGCGGCGAACAACAACCCGAAUGAGUUGCCUGGGCUAGACUCAUAUACAAGGGAUUCAACACUGGACGGUGACGGGCCUUUGGUUGCCAUGGAUAUAUCGAGGCUGUUACUCGAUUAA